AUGGCGAGUGCGCAGGCUUCCUCAGACCUUCCCAGGCCCUCCUUUGCCAAGGUGGCCGCCUCCAUCUCCAAACAGGCACCGCCGAGGUCCCUACUUGUGGGCGGUCAAACCGGAAACCGAAUGUCCGCGCCUGCCUCGGAUGUGCCCGUCAUCGUAAGCGGUGCAUCCGCUGCCGCUGUCCGCUCGCGCGCCAUGUCGCCGCCGAAGCCUGGAGAUCGGGCUUCUCCUGGCGCCGGCAUCGUCGUCGUCGACAGCGUCGCCGUGCCGAUUCGCAAUCUCAAGAUUGGCUCCAAAGUUCCUAGCCUGGUGAUCGAUGGCACUGGCGCCGUGCUGGACCGCCAGCAAACCCGGGUCAGCAGGGAGAGCGCCUCCGACGAAUCGCAAAGGUUCGACUCGAGCUCGGAACUGGGCACGAAACCCCCAAGUUUGGACGGCAAGAGCAUCACCUCCGGGACAACCUUUGCCAUGGAUGAGAAGGAAUCUCUCCGCCCCGAUGACAGCGCUAGCGUCAAGGCCGCCGCCGAAGACGACGAUUCCUUUUCGAUACGGGGCUCUUUCAUUGCCGGCUCACGCAUGAGCUCGGAUAUUGCCGCCAGAGCGCGCGGCAUCCAGCUCGGUGACAUUCCGGAGCGACGUCUUGUCCAACCCCCUCCAGGGCCUCUCGGGCCCGGAAUCUUGACACCUCAGAGCUCCUCGUCGGAGCAACCGCCGCCGCUGAACCCAGCCAUGCCGCUCGGCGUGGAAGGGUCGUCGGAUGCACUGAACGUCAUAUACCGCCAGGCCCCGGACGAGAAGCUGCUCGAUGCCCUGGCGAGCCCUAAGGAUAGAUACUAUCUCUUGCGGCUGGAGAAGGAUGUCAUUGACUUUGUGCAGGACUCCAAGGAGCCGUACAUGGAUCUACCUCCGUCAAAUUCGUUCUGUAGGAUGCUCACGCACAAGCUGGCCGACUAUUAUCACAUGACGCACUCUUACGAGCCUCAUAUUGGAUCUGUGCGAAUAUUUAGAACACCCUUUUGCCGCGUUCCGCCAUCUCUGGCCACGAUGGCGCCCCAGCCCAAUGUUUCGGCCAGCAGCACCCCGCCCCCCGUUGUUCUUCCCAAGAAGAUCAUGCGCCGAGGACGAGAUGGUGAGAGUGGUCCCUGCAGCACGGGACCUUCGAAGCCUACGUCGGAAGAUGGAAGUGACGGCAAGGACAAGCAACCCUUGGCAAAAGAAAAGAUGUCGAGAGAGGAACGAGAGGAAAUGUAUAAGCUGGCUCGCGAGCGCAUCUUUGGAAAUUCCGAGACCAACAGUGUCCAAGAAAACGAAGCCGAAGCCGGCGUGUCUCGCACGAGUUCCAUGUCCGCCACGAACAAGGCAAACGUCACUAAGCGUGGCAAGACCGGCAAGCAACGUCGCGACGACUCGGACAGCUUUGACUCGAGGAAUCAGUACACGCCAUACUGGGGCCCGCAACAGCAGACCUGGGUUCCCCAGUACCAGGGCCAGUUCAUGCCGCCCGCUCCUGGCCAGUACGCCGCCCAACCGCCGCCGGCGCAUCCUGGGCAGGUCACGGCUGUCUAUGGUCAACAGCCUGGCGCCUGUCCUGGGAUGCCCGUGCCGGGACCCAACCCGGCCUACUCCGGCUACGCAGUGCCUCCACACCCUCCUCAUGCUCCUCAGCAGAGGCGUCAACCAGAUGGCAGCCCGCUGACGGUCUACGGCUCCCCGGCUCCCCCAACAGUUGCACCCCAAGGCUGGCAGACUGGUUUUGCCCCCCCCGCGUAUCAGAACAGGGGUCCUCCGCCGUCGUCACAGGCCCAGGCUGGCAUUCCGUAUGCUUUCGGACAGCUUCCGGCGAAUGUGAACCCGCAAGAUCCUAAGAGCCAGCAUCCCAUUCCCGGAAGCUACAACAGGAACCACGCGUUCAACCCCAAGACGCAGUCGUUUGUUCCUGGCGGAAAUUGCAUGCAUCCCGUUCCGGCUCCCCAGCCGCCUUUCACGGCCCCUGGAUCUCAUCACAGCAGCCCUCUGAUCGGCUCGCCUCACCUUGCCUGCGUCGGGUACCAGCAGGGUGCGCCCUCGCCUUUCGCUGGAGGCUACGGCAUGGCGAGGCAGGGAUCCAGCAACUCGAUCCCCUCGUACCACGGCCCUCAUAUGCCUCAGCAUGCGCCGCUAAUGCAAGGCAUGCCAUCCCCACUGAACAUUCAGAACCCGCCAGCCCAUGUGCCAGGCCGCCUGGUUGCUCCUUUGGGACCAAGCCCGAUGUAUGGCCAUCUGCCGACUUAUGGCAAUCCGGCGACGUUGCCGCAGAAACCGGCACCCGGAAUAUAA